AUGUCCUCCGCGUCUGCUGCGACGGAGGAGGCUGUAUCUCUCUACCCUCCGGGAACUGUAGUCUCCAUCGUCAACGUGAACAGCAAACCAGAACUGAACGGGAAACCAGCCGUGGUUGUCCAAUUCGACGAAACGAAAUCUCGAUUUUUAGUCCAAGUGAAGGAGACGAAGGAGAAGAUUUCUUUGGAGAGCAAGUGUUUGUCCCUGAAGGUGGUGAAGGAGGAAAUAAAGGAGGAGGAAAAGAAGGAGGAAAAGGAGGAGAAGGUCGUCGACGAGUACGAGGAGAAAGAGGUGAAGCGACAGAAAGUCGAGGAGGAGGAGACGAAGGAAGAGGAGGAAGAGAAGUCAAAUCCGUCGUCGUCUCCACCAACGAAAAAGGAAGCAAAAACGACGAAAACAAAGAAAACGACCACCAAGCGCGCUGAAAAAUCCGGCGCGGAUGAAGCGGAUAAGAGACGAAAAUACGCGCAGAAGUCGUUGUGGUUUACACCUUGGAACGAGAAGAAUAACUUCGAUAGCUUUGAUCCGCCGGUACCGGUUGACGAGGACGGUAAGUACACCUUCCCGAACGAGGACGAAUCGACAGUCGUUUCUCUGAAGGAGAAGUAUAAAGCGAUGAAAACGGAGGAGUUGAAGAAAUGGUGCAAAGCGAAUGGAUACACCACCGGCGGGAAGAAGGAAGAGUUGAUUUUUAAGUGCAUCGACGGUGAAUUGUACGGCAGAUUGACGAAGUGUCCGCACUGCGCGAAAGGGAACAACGAGAAAGUGCCGCAUUUGAACGUGAGAUACGAGAGUCCGUAUCACGUGUCCAAAGAUAAGGAGAAAUUAGGGAGAGGCGAAGUGCACUGUCCGGGGACGUAUGACGCCGAAUCCAUGUGCUUAGUGCGAUGCAACUUUUCGAAAAAACUGAACGAAUUCGAAAGGCCGAAAUGGCGAACGUACGAGGAGUAUUUGAUUGAAAAUCCGCCGCUGACCGAGGAAGAGAAGAAGAAAAAGGAGGAAGAGAAAAAGAAUAAAGUGAGUUCGAAUGUACCGACGGAGAAGUUGCAAAAACUGGCCGAGAGUGGUGUGCAAGGCGCGGUGUUAGCGAAGGAGUUCAUUCGAAUCUGCAACGAGGAGAAAUUGUCUUGUCCGGACAAUUUAGGCGAGGCCGGUUCGCAAGUCUUGGCGUGGAUGAACGUGGAGAAGAACGUAAACGACGAAACUGGAGACGUUUUGCUCGAAGAGGUUUUCAAGGAUGCCUUGGAAGUGUGGCCGAAACAAAAAGCCAAGUCGGAAACGCAAGCGUUGUGCGCGGAAAACCAACCGUUAGUUGACGCUUUGAACGAUUUGGUGAUGAAAGCGAGAAAAUUGGGCACGAACGUCGUCGAGGCGUUUAAAGUGAACGCCUACGCCGGCGCGGCGAAAAACAUCAGUUUGUUAGAUUACGACGUGACAAAGCCAGGCAGCGGGAAAGGCAUGUUAGGCAAAACGGUAAAAGGACAAAAGGUGGGUAAAGUUGCGGGUAUUGGCAAAGGUAUCGCGGAAAUGGUCGAUCAUUGGAUCGAUAACGGUCGCCAGACGUUUGGUAAGAAAUGGGAAGAAGAAGGUUUCGCCGCCGCCGCCGCCGCCGUUUAA